UUCAAGAAAUUAAGUAAUCAUGAAGGCUAUUGCAAUACUAGUUCUAGUUGUGCUAGCUGUGGUUCAGCUAGCAAUGGUUGCACGGGGCGCAAUCACUUGUGGCCAAGUGGAUGCUAACUUGGCACCCUGUGUCUCAUUCCUGACACAGGGUGGCGAGCCCGGUGCAGCAUGCUGCAGCGGGGUGAAAACCUUGAAUGGUAACGCUCAGUCCUCUGAUGAUAGAAAGACUGCUUGCAAUUGUGUUAAGGCUGCUGUGAAUCGAUACCCCAACCUUAAAGAUGAUGCUGCUCAAUCUCUCCCUAGCAAGUGCGGCAUAUCCGUCAACGUCCCUAUCUCUAGGACCGUCAACUGUGACACAAUCAGUUAAAAUCAGCUGGAUGGUUCUGGGAAUAUUCUUUCCUCAAUGUUGUUAUAAUGUAUUAAAUAAACCAAGGGUUGUUAAACCCUUGAACGUUGUAAA